UAUUUUCUUGGAAAAUAAUAGAAAAGAAAGGAUCGAGCGAACGAGUGGGGGAGAGAGAGAGAGAGAGAGAGAAAUGUCGUAUCCUCAGGGUUACCUCUACCAGCCUCCGGGCUCUUUGGCUCUCUAUUCCUGUCCAGCGUACGGGGCGUCAGCGUUAGCAGCCCCAAGAAGCGAGGAGCUCGCAAGGUCUUCAUCCGGUUCGGCGUUCAGUCCUUACCCGGGAUCGGCUGCUUUCACUGCUCCGGCCACGGGCUUCUCCAGUCCGCUGCAGUACACGACAGACCCGGCAACUGGAUUUCCGUCAUACAUGGGUUCUCCAUACGAUGCCCACACGACAGGAAUGGCAGGGGCCAUAAGUUACCAUCCUUAUGGAAGCCCGGGAUAUCCUUACCAGUUGAACGACCCGGCAUACAGGAAAAAUGCGACAAGAGACGCUACUGCGACCCUUAAGGCUUGGCUUCAGGAACACAGGAAGAACCCGUACCCCACUAAAGGAGAGAAAAUCAUGCUGGCCAUCAUCACAAAGAUGACUCUCACUCAGGUCUCUACCUGGUUUGCCAAUGCCAGGAGGAGACUCAAGAAAGAAAACAAAAUGACCUGGGCUCCACGGAAUAAAAGUGAAGACGAAGACGAGGAUGACGGAGAUGGAGAAAGAAAAGACGAGCUUUCCAAAAAGGGCCAAGAUAAUAAUGAAACUUCAGCCGAGGACGAGGGCAUCAGUCUGCACGUGGACACGCUCACUGACCACUCGUGUUCUGCCGACUCAGACGGCGAGAAGGUCAAUUGUAGGACUGUGGAUAGCGUUUGUGAGUCGGGUUCAGACACCAAGGACAAAUGUGAAGAGGAGGAUGAUGAUGUCGAUGACGUGGACGAAGAAGAACGGGAGCGCAGCGUUUCUCCGAAACCCGUCACAUCCUCUCCCUUGACAGGGGUUGAGGCCCCCCUUCUAAAUCACCACCACCACGAGGACACAUGUAGAAGUACGAAUAAAGCGAACCUGGAUAACAGACUAUCUUCUGGUCCUCAGACUCAGACCAUUAAACCCAAAUUGUGGUCACUGGCAGAGAUUGCCACAUCGGACCAAAAGCAGCACCUGGGACAGAGCUGUCAGUCCACAGUGUUAUCAUCCUCAACCUCAUCGACUUCUUCAGCCAGCACUGUUUACCCGGCAUCUUCAAUUUUAGGAAGGCCUAUUUAUUACACGUCUCCGUUUUAUACUAAUUAUACAAACUAUGGCAACUUCAGCCCUUUACAAAGCCAGGGGAUCUUGAGGUAUAACUCUGCUGCAGUGACUGCUAAUGAGGGGCUCACCCAGACUGUACUAAAUACGGCCUCCAUUCAUAAACAGAGCGCAGACUCUCUCUUAAAAAAUAACUCAAACCAGCUAGAGCAGCACUUCAGGUCCGCUAGCUACGAGGCCAAGAAAGGUACGUAGAGCGAUGGCAUUUCCGUUCAUCGGCUUCAAUUCGGAUCAGUUAGCCGGCUGAUUACACGAUUAUGGCAGGUUCAAUCUAAUGGGAUUAACAUGCGACAGCCUAUAGCUAAAAUUCUCCACUGCACUACACACUUCUGUAAAUCUUGAACCCGUUUACGAUGGUGUAGGAAUAACGAAGAAGCUGAGGCUAGCCACAUGAAAUGAAAAUUAAACAAAGAGAGAGAGAGAGAGAGAGAGAGAGAUCCUUCCAUAACCGUGUUUGCAU